AUGCAUACUUCGACAAUCGGCCUCUGGGCCUUGGCUACCGGCAUCGUUACCGCUAAGACCUGCUUCAAUGCCACCGUGGAGGUCGAUAUUUCAGCUCGCAAUGGCGUCUUCGACAAAAUAAAGACUCCUGAGACCAACUUGGACGCUACCACAUUUGCUCUCGCUUCAACCAAGACUGGCACCAACAUCACCGAGGAGGCCUUGUCUGGCUAUGCCACCGUUGGGGGUCGUUACAACAUCUCAACCCAGUACUGCAUGCCAAAGAACUCCGCGAGCGGCGAUCACACUCUCCAGAUCCUGACCCAUGGAAUGGGCUUCGACAAGACAUACUGGGAUCUGCCCUACCACAACUUUAACUACUCCUACGUGGACUACGUCUUGUCCCGGGGUUACCACACCUUCUCUUAUGACCGACUUGGAAUCGGCAAAUCCACCCACGGCGAUGCGAAGAACGAGAUCCAGUCGUUCCUCGAAAUUGAAGCUUUGGCCGAGUUGACCCGCAAGGUGCGCGAGGGCAGCGUGGAGGGUGUCAGCAAGCCCUCCAAGAUUGUCCACGUUGGACACUCCUUUGGAUCUGCCCAGACCGUUGCCCUGUCCGCGAUGUACCCGGACCUUUCGGAUGCGCUCGUCCUCACUGGUUUCUCCGCCAGCAUUGCUUCUAUGCCCGUCUUCCUCUCCGGCGCCAACUUCCAACAGGCCAAGCUCAACCACCCUCCUGGAUGUCCUUCUACUCCUCGUCCCAGCUACAGUAGUGGCUACUUGGUCAACUCCGACAUCGGCACCAACAAGUUCCUCUUCUUCUACCCCGGCAACUUUGAUGAGGAGAUUCUGUCCUACGCCGAGCAGAACAAGCAGCCCAUGACUGUCGGUGAACUCAUGACCAUGACCGGACUGCCAACAUCCAGUGCAUUCACUGGUGCCGUCUAUGUCAUCGAUGGUGAGAACGAUAUCGCGUUCUGUGGUGGCGCUUGCUCCUACACCACGGACUCCUCGGCUUCCAUUCCUGCCGGUGUCAAGGCUGUCUUCCCCAAGGCCAGCGCUUUCUCGGCCUACAUUCAACCCAACACUGGACACGGCAUCAACCUGCACUACAACUCCACCGCUGCUUACAAGCAGAUCAAUGAUUUCUUGGGUGCUCAGGGCUUGAUGAGCGAGAGCCACGACCACGAGGCUCGUCACCACCACGACUUUUAA